AUGCGCAGUAACAAUGUGACGGGAGAGAAGGAAGCGGAGGAGAUGUGUGAAGCACUCUACGAACUUGUGCCGCCGAUACCUGUAAACGCGUCAAGGUUUUGCGGUGGAGAUGGAACUUGGCAGAAGUCCAAUUACAGUCAGUGCCACCUGGCGGCGAUUGUACUCGGCGAGAAAGAGGAGAUUUUCGCCUCGGCCAGCCACCUGUAUGGCAUAUUCGUCAUCUACUGGCUAGGCUAUGGACUAACUCUGAUCGUCCUCGCCACUUCUCUGUUCAUAUUCAUGUAUUUCAGGUGUUGGCUGACGAGAAGUACAAUCAAUUCUGACCUGAUAUUUCUCAUCCCCGUUCUGAUCGUGCUCAUACUCAUAGUCGCCGUGCAGGUGAAAGGUGUGACGGCAAACUACAUACUAGACUACAUCGCAGCUAUACUCGUCUCUACACAGUCGUUCUGCCGCGCUCUGGUCGCGUUCACAAACUUCUGUCACGUUGCCAAUUUCUUCUGGAUGCUCGUGGAAGGUGUGCACAUCUUCGCUAGGACCGUGAUACCAUUUUCGUCCGGCCAUGCGAAGAUGACGUGGUACAGCCUGCUGGGCUGGGUGGUUCCUGCACUCAUAAUAGUCACGUGGAUGGUCGUGAAGGGCGUGGUCGACAAAAGUCCGUGUUGGCUGACGAGAAAUGCUAUCAACUCUGACCUGAUAUUUCUCAUCCCCGUUCUGAUCGUGCUCAUAGGUCUGUUUGUCGGUCUCUACUAUUGUCUCCUUAACAAAGAAGUGCAGACGUGCAUCUGCGACUGGUACCGGCGCCGACAGGUAGAGCGCAGUGUCCCGAACUCCUUCCGCUUAAAACCGUGUAGCAGAGGAGGACGGGCGUACGCUCGCAACGCGGAGCUAUCGUUCGCGCACGACUCAACAGCGGUCACACACGUCAGCUACCUGCACGGAUCGCCCGCCUCGUCGCCUCUCAUGAGCGCCGGUAGGGGCGCCACCGCCGGCCGUCCCGUUCUGCCGGUAGGGGGCGCCUAUUACGACGUUCUGUUGAAGACGUUGCCGCCGCUACAGCAGGUGCGAGCUAGGGCGCAGGCACAGCCGUCCACAUACGUCCCCUGCUCCGUCAUACUGGAGGAAACGGAAGGGCUCGAUUCGGACAGCGUUAUCCAGCCGGAGCGCCAUCUGGCGACGUGUUUAUAA